AUGGCUUCAGAGACGGCUACACUGCAGAGAUGUUUGCAAAACCGUCGCUCGACCAUCAACUGUCUAUCAAAGGGUGUAGAGGACAACCAAACAUUCCCAUUUUCUCAGGAGAAAACAGUUAAAGCAUGGACAUCUCUGGAGAUUCUGGACAUUCCUGACAUCAAAGCAGACGAGAGACCCAAACAACCACAGAGCAUCAGUGUUAAUGUCGGAGGGAAAGUGUUUCAUAUCCCCAAACAGUGUGCCGCUAACUAUCCUAACACCCGAAUAGGCUCAUUGGCCCUCUGCAGGGACAGAGCGAAACUCCUCACACUGUGUGACGAUUACUCUGUACGUAAGGACGAGUUCUUCUUUGACCGUGACCCUGCCUUCUUCCACCACAUCUGCCAUUUCUACACAAGCGGAGUGCUGUGGGUCAUACGGGAAAUGUGCCCCAUCCACUUCGAGGAAGAGAUUGCAUACUGGGGCUUGAGCCUGAAGUACACCCAGCGCUGCUGCUGGAUGAUGUUGGAGGAGAAGCUGGAUGAGGUGAAAGACUACCUGAAGGUGGAGAGGGAGCUGAUGGCAGAGCUAGAGGUAAAGUAUGACGAAGAGUGUUUCAAGGACAUGGUCUUUGGGAAUAUGCGCAAGACCCUGUGGGACCUUGUGGAGAAUCCGUACUCUUCAACCCUUGCGAAGGCUUUCACGAUUCUCUCAAACCUUUUUGUGCUCUUCUCCAUCGUCGCAAUGAGUCUAAACACCGUUGAGGAACUUAAAGUGUAUCAAAUCAACGGUAAAACCCACAUGGAAUGGGUAGAGAUCAUCACCAUUGUGUUCUUCACCUUUGAAUAUUUAAUUCGUCUUGUCACCACUCCUGACGUGACAAUGUUUUUGAAAUGUGGACUCAACUUCGUGGACAUGGUGGCAGUCGUACCUUAUUUCAUCCAGAUCAUCUUUGAGGUCUUCACUGACACUGAGAAUGCGAAUGCACAGGACCUCACGGCCAUGGCCCGGGUCAGCAAGCUCAGCCACGUUCUCAAAGUUCUCAAGCUGCUGCGGAUUUUUCGGAUCUUGAAGCUGGCUCGACACUCCACUGGAAUGAGAGCGUUUGGGUUCACCCUGCGGCAGUGUUACCAGCAGGCCUCUUGCAUUCUUCUCUUCAUUGCCAUGGGAAUCUUCACUUUCUCUGCUCUCCUUCAUUCAGCAGAGAGGGGAACUGAGGGAUCUCCUAUCAGCAGUAUCCCAUAUGCCUGGUGGUGGGCUGCAGUCAGCAUCUCCACUGUGGGCUACGGGGAUGUGGUACCUGUGACUAUUUUGGGCCGCAUUGUGGCCUUUGGCUGCAUCUCUUUUGGUAUCAUCCUAAAUGGUAUGCCGAUCUCUUUCCUCUUUAACAAGUUCUCUGAUUACUACGCUAAGCUAAAAGCAGAGGAGUACAACAUUAAGUCAGUGGAGAAGCGCUUUCAGCUAAAGAAGCGCCUCCAACGCAGAAUGCAAAUGUGUUUUCAUUACUCGGAAGAAGACAAUACAGACAGCCGCUGUGACUGCCACCGUUGA